AUGGGCUCUCACCCUGCCGUGACAAUGUCAACGAGUCCUGAUAUCUCUUUAGAUUAUCCUGAGCUGUUGGGUCUGGAUCUGCCGCCAACGGACAUUGCUUUGAAGCUACUAAACCUGUCGAAAACCACACAACAGAAUUUCUUCUCAAAGCACCAGAUCAUCGACGAGACUGAGUUUACUCAAAUCUGCACAAGAGUUUACUUUCCAACCAGUCCGUACGACAUUUUCACAUGGAUCAUGCUCAACAUUGGUCUGUUUGGCCUUCUGAUGGGAUGCAAGAAGGUCGACUGCAUGUCGACUGGGAUUUCUGAAAGCGACACCGAUUCUUAUAUGAAGCUGUGUGCUCGUAAUAUCGAUGCCGCAACCUUGAGUCUUCGCGUAUUAUCAGAAGCGUCCUUGAGCGCAUGCCAGGCUCUUGCAGCUUGUUCAUCGCACUACAUGAGGAACGGCUCGAAUGACAGAGCAUGGCGACUUACGACUAUCGCGGCAAGGAUGUCUCUUGAUCUUGGUCUUCAUCGUGUACCGAUUGGGUCAAGAUCCGCAGAGUGCUCGAAGAAGCGAGUGAUCUUUUACUAUGUUUAUCUACUGGACAUGAGCUUUGCCUUCAGCUUCGGCAUGACCCCCAACAUUCAUGAUUACGACGUGACAACCGAGAGACCAGUCUUCCCGAACGAUCUACCAGGAUUUCGUGGAAGAUACAUGGCCCUAUUCCUCAACUUUGCCGCUGUGGAGAAGCAGAUGUAUCUUCAGCUCUUCUCUGCUCUGGCUCUGAAAGAGCCGAAGCAUGUUCGCACGGAACGAGCUCAACGAAUCGCCAGCGAAUUGAUUCGAUCGCACAACCGUCUAGCCUCACUGCACUCAGAUACCUUCCCAGAUCAACUCUACGUCCAAGAAUCACUACUGUCUCUUGACGUGGUGAAGUACGGAUUACUCACCAUAUUGCUCAGACUGGUCCCUCCUCCUGAACCAGACGCGAACCCGUUACAGUCCUGUCCUGAAUGUGUAGAUGAUGCGAGGAGUUCGCUUCUGGCAAUUGUCAAAGGCGGAGAUGACUUGACGAAAGACUCCAAAGAGGAGGCAAGAUGGUUCCUGAACUGGACACUAUCAUUUGUGCCACCAGUCUCGUUCGUUGUGAUUGUGUCGCAGACAAUCAUGACAGGCAACAUCGAAGACUUGAGUCUGUUACAUCGAGUGGUCAGCACUAUUGAGUCAGCCACCGAAGAGUCGCCUUCGAUGCAGAAGCUUCACACAGCUUGUCAGGGAUUGUACAACAUGACACAACAAGUUCUUGCUCAAGCUGGUCCACGAGAAGGACGCGAGCAACAAAAGCAUCAAGAGUCUCAUGACCCUGUACACGCUAAUGCUUGGAAUGAGUCGAGCGGUGCAGACUGGCAGCAUCUUACCUUGACGGAGGCGGACUGGAAUUCUGUGCUGAAUGAGUUUGAUUUUGGCAUGGCCGUCGAGAACUCCGAUAAGCUAGCGACACAUUUCAGCAUCGCCACUGGCCAACAUCAGCUUCAUGGUCCGUCCUAA